AUGCGGCUCAUGAGGCCGACUUACAGGGCGGUACAGCUAGUGCAGCCCAACUCAAGGCAGUUGGUUGUAGCAUCGUUGCUGAGCAGGAACAUCAAGUCAAGGUUGCUCCUAAGAGAUCCAGAAAAGGCAUCGUCCCUAUUUGGCAAGCAGGAUGAGAGUGUACUGCAGGUUUACAAAGCGGACACAAGAAACCCUAAUGAUUUGGAUCCACAAAUGUUUGAGGGAGUUACACAUGUGAUAUGUUGUACUGGAACUACAGCAUUUCCAUCUAAACGCUGGGAUGGAGAUAAUACUCCAGAACGUGUAGAUUGGGAUGGCAUCAGAAAUCUUGUAAGUGCCUUGCCACAGACAAUAAAGAGAUUGGUUCUUGUGUCAUCCGUUGGUGUUACAAAAUACAAUGAGACACCAUGGAGCAUCAUGAAUCUCUUUGGUGUGCUCAAGUACAAGAAGAUGGGAGAAGACUUUGUCCGCAAUUCAGGGAUACCAUUCACCAUUAUCAGGCCUGGAAGAUUGACAGAUGGGCCCUACACUUCGUAUGAUCUUAACACACUUCUUAAAGCUACAGCUGGAGAGCGACGGGCAGUAGUCAUAGGCAAAGGUGACAAGCUUGUGGGGGAAGUUAGCAGACUUGUGGUGGCAGAAGCUUGUAUCCAAGCUUUAGACAUUCAAUCCACUGAAGGACAAAUAUAUGAGAUUAAUUCAGUGAAGGGUGAAGGACCCGGGACUGACCCAGAGAAAUGGGAGGAGCUAUUCAGAUCUGUUCCAUCAGACUAG